AUGGACUGGUGGGGGAAAAAACACUUAAUAGUUUCAUUUUUCUCUUAUGCAGGAAUAAAAAACUACUCUAACUGGCCUACCAUCCCACAAGUAUACCUCAAUGGUGAAUUUGUUGGUGGCUGUGAUAUACUCCUCCAGAUGCAUCAGAAUGGCGAUCUAGUAGAAGAGCUGAAGAAGUUAGGAAUCCGUUCAGCACUUCUGGAUGCAGAAAAAGACCAAGACAAAAAGUAAAACAAGCAAAAAGAUGCUGUUACAGGAAUAAAGAAAAUCUUUGACAAGAACUUGUUACCAGAGAAGCCUUAUGUACUUUUUCUCAAAGAAGGCAUCUUUUUGAACUGACACUAAGAUUUAUCUGUGAAUGUCUGUUAGCUCAUGGUAAAUAUGUAGUAAUCGUGGUAUUCUGAUUUAUGGAUAUUGUUGUGAAAAAUAGAGUAUAACCACUGCACUGUAAAGCAUACAUUUGUGGGAAUGGUGCAAAAAAUGUUCACAUCUAAAAGGAUUAUCUUCUUGAUUGAAGCACGAGUAAACCAAAAGAUCUAAUAUUAUUUUUAUGGAUUGUCUGUGUAUGUUUUCUUAUUCUUUGAUACAUGAUCCUAUGCAAACAGUGUUUGCAGUUCUCUUGCUUCUUUUGGAAAAAGUGUUGACUAAUAGUACAUCAGUUUUUUUGUAUAAACACCUGGUGAUAAGACUUCCUGAGAGCCUGUAAAAUGCCUGUAACCUCAUACAGUGUAGGAGAAAAACAGUCUUCAACCAAUAUAGAAAAUAAGUAAUGUGAGAGUGCAUGACACAUGCUUUUAUUCCAAAGGGUAAAAAUAAACACACUAGUACAAAUACAUGUAUAAUGGUCGUUAUUACUUUGUAACUUGCUGAUGGCUUUUAAAAGACUGCUGAGAAUUGUGCCUGAAGAUUUUAUAAAACUUUUUCUACCUCUUGCAAAGCGGCUUUCCCUCCUGCUUGUGUACUUUUUGUAUUGCAGUUUCUGUAUCAGUGCUAAAAUGUGGGAAUUGCUCAAGGCUUCAGUAUAUUUGCUUGAAAUAGUACAGGAGGAGAAGAGUUGAAUUACUUACUGUAAUCUUGUACUAUUUGCUAGUUACCAAGUUGUCUUUUUAGAUUUGUUAUAUUUCCAAGUAUUUUCUCCUGACUGGCAUGCUUCAAAGAGUAUAGUCUUCAAACAUGGGAUAAACAAGUGUUUUGUGUAGAUAAUGAGUGCAGCAGAAAGGCCACUGACCAGAUAAACAUUUCUUUGUUGGAAAGACUCUAAAGUCUUCAUAACCUAUGUAACCCGGUUUCCCAAAGUUAAAAGAAGUUAUCUUAAACAGUGCAGCCUCAGCUGUACAGCAAUACUGCUAAAGUAAAGUUUAUCAAGCUGUUCCUAAGUGUAGUUUACUUUUAUUAAUAAAAAACAAUGUUUGCAUGUGAAUUAGGCAAAUGAUUGGAAAUAAACUGUAUUUUAUGUU